UACGCGCUGCUAUCCUGUAAUGAUUGUCAUCAUUGACAGCAUAUAUCUCGACCAUGGAUAUUCGUCACCUGUUGUUACAGCCGCAGAACAAUCGUUCCAAUUAAUGUUUCACUAUCACCACCAACAUUUUCCGAUCAUCAUGUUUGUAGCGACUGAGCGUCCUAGGCUAGAAACGCGGAACAGAAAAACAGCCACGACACAAACACUUGCAGAACGCCAUCUAUGGGAAAACGCACGAAGUACGAGUUCUGGAAGGAUCGGGAACCCGCCACGCGAGGCGGGCCAUACGAGCGCGGAAGAUUCGGGAAUCCGAUACGCGAAGGCGGACACAAGCGCCUGA